AUGACGAUUACUGAAAUAGACCUUUCGGAGAACAAAGGAAAGGUGGCAAUGCAGAUUGUUAGGGCGUGUGAACAAUAUGGUUUUUUUACGGUGGUCAACCAUGGUGUCCCUGAUGACGUCAUACAAACACUAGAAUAUGAAAGCUUCCACUUUUUUAGCCGACCAAUGUCUGAAAAAAUGGCUGCCGGGCCGGACCACGUUAAGCCUUACGGGUAUGGAUGCAACACCAUAGGCCCCAAUGGAGAUGUGGGACGGUUGGAAUAUCUUACACUUAGUACCAAUCCUAGUAGUCCACAAUCCAUCAUUCCGAUGUCCCAAUUAAUCCCUAAGCGCCGUCUUGAAUUUUGCAAUGCUGCGUGUGAAUAUGUUGAUGGAGUUAGGAAGCUGACAUGUAUGCUACUAAGUCUGACGGCAAGGGGCCUGGGGUUCGAUAAGGCAUCAAUCUUGACUGACCUGAUCAGGAACGAUAAUAGUGACUCGAUCCUGAGGCUCAAUCACUAUCCACCAUCCAUUGAUAACGGUAUUGGAUUUGGGGAGCAUAGUGACCCUCAGAUCUUUACCCUCCUCAGAUCAAACGACGUGCCUGGCCUACAGAUUUAUGUAGGGAAUGAUGAGUGGAUCUCGGUCCCUCCUAACCCUUCUGCCUUUUGUGUUUUUGUGGGUGACACUUUACAUGCCAUGACAAAUGGGAGAUUUGUGAGCGUCCGACACAGGGCAAUAACAAAUUCAUCGGAGCCUAGAAUGUCAAUUGCCUUCUUUGGGGCACCAUCCCUUGAAGAAUGGAUAUAUGCACUUCCUGGAAUGGUCACCCCCAACAGGCCCCUUCUCUACAACCCCUUCACUUGGGGGCAAUACAAGGCAAACUUAUACUCUGGAACUCUCCGCCUAGCGGAUGACCGUUUUGGCAUCUUCCGCGUAGGAAGCAGUAGUACUUGA